AUGGAGUCCCAGAUACACAGGUCCUCUGGCUCAACACCCUUCACCCUGCAGCUAACAUCUGACAAUGAAGAAUCCGAUGCCCCCAAAGACACACUGUCUGUUACAGAAAGCUUCGCCAGAAUGAUCCACGACUUGCAAGUGUCACACCUGACAGAUGGUGUUAUUCAGAGGAGCAAGAGAAUGAUUCUGGAUACUCUGGGUGUUGGACUCCUGGGGACCACUACAGAAGUGUUUCACAAAACCAGCCAAUAUAGCAAAAUCUACUCUUCCAACAUAUCCAGCACUGUUUGGGGCCAGUCAGAAUUCAGACUUCCACCUGCAUUUGCUGCUUUCGUUAAUGGAGUAGCUAUUCACUCAAUGGAUUUUGAUGACACGUGGCAUCCUGCCACCCACCCUUCUGGAGUGGUCCUUCCUGUUCUCACAGCUUUAUCAGAAGCCCUACCUCAAAGGCCAAAGUUCUCUGGCCUUGACCUACUUCUUGCUUUCAAUGUCGGUAUUGAAGUGCAAGGCCGAUUGCUGCAUUUUGCCAAAGAAUCCACGGAUAUACCCAAGAGAUUCCACCCACCCUCUGUGGUAGGAACUUUGGGUAGUGCUGCUGCUGCAUCCAAGUUUUUAGGACUCAGCUUGACCAAGUGCCAAGAGGCCCUGGCUAUCGCUGUUUCCCAGGCUGGGGCACCCCUGGCAAAUGCUGCCACUCAGACCAAGCCUCUCCACAUUGGCAAUGCUGCCAGGCAUGGGACAGAAGCUGUUUUUCUGGCAAUGCUGGGUCUUCAAGGAAACAAGCAAAUCUUAGAUUUGGAGGCAGGGUUUGGAGCCUUCUAUGCCAACUACUCCCCCAAGGUCCUUCCAAACCUAGAUUCCCAUACUUGGCUUCUGGACCAACAGGAUGUGGCCUUUAAGCGUUUCCCUGCACACUUGGCAACCCACUGGGUGGCAGAUGCAGCUACAUCUGUGAGGAGGCAUCUUGUGACAGACGGAGCCUCACUUGCUGUUGACCACAUCCAGAAAAUUGUGCUCAAAAUUCCAAAAGUUCAAUAUGUAAACAGGCCCUUCCCAGAUUCAGAGCACGAAGCCCGCCACUCCUUCCAGUAUGUGGCCUGUGCCACACUGCUUGAUGGUGAUGUCACUGUCCUGUCAUUCCAAAAAGGCCAGAUCAACAGGCCACAGGUGAGACAGCUGCUCAAAAAGGUGGAGCUGGAGCAUCCUCUAGACAACCUGCCAAGCUUCAACACACUGUACUGUGAGAUAAGUAUCACCCUCAAGGAUGGAGUCACCUUCACAGAGCGUUCUAAUACCUUCUACGGUCACUGGAGGAAACCACUGAGCCAGGAGGACUUGCAGGAGAAGUUCAGAGCCAAUGCCUCAGGGACGCUGCCCUGUGACAGAGUAGAAAGUCUGAUAAAGCUCAUAGACAAACUAGAAAACAUAGAAGACUGCUCCAUCUUAACCACACUUCUGAAAGGGCCCUAUCCACCACAGGAGGCUUCCAAAUCACUCUAG